ACUGUCCACCUAAUCAACUCAACCACAGGUUGAUUCGCAAUUAUCAUUCCAAAGUUAGUUAUUGACUAGUCAUACUAAUACUGAUCAACUGAGUUGCGUUAAGGGGCUGGCCAGAAAUAAGCAGAAAAAGAAAUGGUCUACUAUUCCUUUUUCCGGGGGACUUUCCGGGUGACUUGCUGAUAAGUACGUGCCACGGCCUGAGUUGAUCAUCUGGACCGAGAGAAGAACAACAGCAGGCAGUUCUAGCUAGGCAUGGCGAUCAUCCUGCUGCUCUUGCUCAGCUGCCUCACGCCGUUCCAGGAGGCGGCCGCCGAUGCGUUCUGCGACAACGUUAAGGUCCUCGCCGCCACCCUCCCCAACAAAACCUCCUCCUCCCCGGUACACUUCGCCACCGCCACCGUCGGCCAAGCCCCUGACAUCGUCUACGCGCUCGCGCUCUGCCGUGGUGACAUUCUCAACGACACCGCAUGCGCCCAGAGCGUCGCCAAGACGUUCGACUUGGUGCGGAACGCCACGCCACCGGACCUGGGGUGCUACCCGGCGGUCUCCUACUAUACCGAUUCUAUCCUCCUCUACAGCUUCAACGACAUCCUUGCUCCCUCGAUAUACACCAAUAGUACGGGAGAUGAAAACGGUGGCAACCCUCCCUUUGAGAGGUGGAACGUCAAGAACGUCACCGGCGACGUGCCCCUCGUCGCCGGCCUCAUCCGCGAGCUGCUGGUGGAGACCGUGGAGAAGGCGGCCAGCGCGACGCCGAGGCGGUUCGCCACGGGCGUCAUGGACAGCGGCACGACCUUCCCAAUGGUGUACUCGUUGGCGCAGUGCACGCCGGACCUGUCCACCGGGGACUGCCUGGCAUGCCUGAAUCAUCUCCUCGGCUUGAUCAACUCCACCAUGUCCCUGCGCAUGGGAGGACAGAUGGGCGUCAUACGGUGCUACUUCAGGUAUGAGGCGUCUCCGUUCUACCAAGGCCAGCCUAUGAUAAGCCUCGGGCCGCCGGCUCCGACUCCAACCGAACACAAGAGGCAAGCUUACUGAUGGACUAGAGAUAGCAGUUAAGCGACUUGCUUCACAUUCUGGUCAAGGUUUCACAGAGUUCAAAAAUGGAGUCCAGCUCAUAGCCAAACUCCAGCACAGCAAUUUGGUUAGGCUUUUGGGAUGUUGCUAUCAAGACGAGGAGAAAAUAUUGGUGUAUGAAUACUUGCCAAACAAAAGCUUGGAUUUCUUCAUCUUUGAUGAAAAAAGAAGAGAAUUACUGGAAUGGUCGAAACUUGUAGCGAUAAUCGAAGGAAUAGCACAUGGACUGCUUUACCUACAUAAGCACUCCCGGUUGCGUGUCAUACAUCGAGAUCUGAAACCUAGCAACAUUCUGUUGGACAGUGAAAUGAAUCCAAAAAUUUCAGAUUUUGGGCUAGCAAAAAUAUUUAGCUCAAACACUGAAGGAAACACAACAA